CGAAUACGCGGGCUUUAAAGGGCGUCUCCGCAAAAACGACACCCCUCACGGAUCGAACAGACUCACGUUCGUCCUGUCUCUCUCGCGGCGGCGGCGCAUCCCCACCCCCUUCUCCAUCUCCGGCGAGAUUCCGGUCGGAUGGAAGGCGGUAGUGGAUUCGACGGCGCGACCAUGAAGAGGCGGCGGAGCAGCGCGGCGAGGAGGCCGAGGCCGGAGGGCGGCCCUACCGCGAACCAGCGGGACAACACCGCCUCCUCCCCUCCGUCGCCGUCGGCGUCGUCCAGGAGUGGACCGAGGAGGCUUCUGGUGACUUCGGACGAGAACACCGCCGGCCCCGACGGGGGCCAUCGGAGGAGGGAGUUCCUCCUCAAUGCCCCGUCCCCGGAGCGCGCCACCAAGGGGAGCAUCCGGCUGCGUUCCGAGGCCGUGGGCGGUGGAGCCAGGAAGGCGGAGGGUAGCAGCCAUGUUGCUCAGCCUGAGGGGAACCGUGGUUCGACUCCGGCCGGUGGCAAGCCGGGGAAGGUGAAGCUGAAGAUUCGGAACGUGUUGCCGAAACCGAACCCUGAUGCAGUGGAUUCCAGGUCUUUGCCGGCGAAGCCACCUCGGCCAGUAGAUUCACGGCACCAGCAAAAGACCGAAGGCGCAAAAGAUUCUGACAAGUCAUCCUCUUCAAGAGACAAGAAAUCCAGAAAGGAGAGGUUAGUUGAAGAAGCAAUGGUUCAGGAGCAAUCAGCCAAAGUUCAGAGAGAACCGUCUUCAGAUCCUGUCCGGAAGAGUAGGAGGCUUGCUAAGAAAUCUGUAUUGGACAAUGAAAUAGAUGAGGACUAUGAUACAAGUAAUAUUGGAACUCCUGAAGAUUGGGAUGGUAAUGCUCCUGAGCUUAAGAACAAAGGAGGCAGUAGCUCUAAGAAGAAUGCCUCAAAGAAAAUUAAAAUUAAGAGCAAGGCGUACGAGGUUGGCAAUGAGUUUGUUACUUCCCGAUCAAGUAGAGAUGGCAAGAAAAGAUCUAGGGAAUCAGCUGAUGAUGAUAAUACUGAAGAGGAACCGACCUCAGACAGUGAACUUGAUGCUGAAGAUGAGCAAAAAACAGCCACCGAAUCUCCUGUCAAUGUUAGAAGUGAGCCUCUCACGACACGUCGUCGUGCCCUUCAAUCAUGGAUGGAUGGGAGCAGCAGUAGUACUGUUGAGUUCCCUGAUGGUCUACCUCUGGCUCCUUCAAGAAGCAAGAAAGACAAGCUUUCUGAAGAGGAGAUGCUUGCCAAGAAGGCUGAAGCUGCUCAGCGGCGCAGGAUGCAAGUGGAAAAGGCCACUAAAGAAAGCGAGGCUGAAGCUAUAAGGAAAAUAUUGGGCCUGGACUCUGAGAAGAAGAAGGAAGAGAGGAAGCAAAAGGAGCGGGAAGAGAAGGAGCGGGCAACCAGAGCACAAAACAUCGCUGCAAGCUCAAUCCGCUGGGUCAUGGGUCCCACCGGCACAGUUGUGUCAUUCCCACAUGCAGUAGGCCUCCCCAGCAUCUUCGACUCCAAGCCUCACAGCUACCCUCCUCCACGGGAGAAAUGCGCUGGGCCGGAGUGCACGAACGCGUACAAGUACAGGCACUCCAAGCUGAACCUUGCCCUUUGCAGCCUCAAGUGCUACAAGGCUGUGCAAGGAAACGCUUGACAGGACUCUGGAAACAUCAUGGCAAAGAGCGUGUGUGCUUUCGCCGUUGCCCAUGUACGCUGGUAUUUGUGCAUCUGCUCUUGAGUUAGAAAUGAUGCAAUAAGCGUCUGCGUGCGCAUACAUAGUAAUAUAGAAAUGGAUAACUUUAGAAGAUUUUGUACUGAGCUUAUGAUUAGAUCAGUACCGGAUGUUAUCUCACAAUGUCUCUGCUGUUUUUUUCCCCUUUGAGAAAGAAGACGCUAUGUUGUAGAUACUGGACGAAAUUUUGUAAAAUAACUGCGGAAUAAGUUUGUUGUAACUUGUACUAAGUUGUUUCUUCA